CGCACGAUAAAUAGAAAACUCCGCCAACCGCAGAAACCCCGAACUCUCAAAUAAUUUCCACAUCAUCAUACUACGAUAUUCGACAAUACGAUAUACGAUCGCACAUCAAAGCAUAAUACAUUUCGCAAUUUUAACGAAAGAAAAGAGAACAGAAGAGAAGAUGGUCGUACGUAUCCGUCUCGCGCGCUUCGGUCGGAAAAGACAACCCAUAUAUAAUAUAGUUGUUGCGCAAGCUCGGUAUGUUUUUUUUCUUAUAUAAUUCCUUCCUUUUGUUCGCUAUUCCCAAAUCCCUAUUACCUCUUCUUCAUGCCUUCUCCCAGUAUAUCACUCAAUUAGCACCCCCUCUAUCUACAAUGAACCCCCAAACCUCCUUUUCCCCCUCCCUCCCUCUCACAGAAAACCCAACCACUAACCUCUCCCCCGUCCCCCACAGCUCAGCACGCAACAGUCUCCCCAUCGAAGUCCUCGGCACCUACGAUCCCCAGCCCAAACUACCCGCCGACGGGGAAGGACAAAAAUUCAAAGACAUCCGUCUCGAUAGUUUACGAGCAAAGUAUUGGUUAGGAGUUGGGGCGCAACCGUCGAAGACCGCUUGGAGAUUGUUGAGUAUGGUAUGUAUGAUGGGUUUUCCUUUCUGGGGUAUGAGAUUCAGAGGCAGGAAAGAGGGGGAAGAAUGGAGAGAUGGAGGAAGAUUCUUUUUUUUUUCGGGAGUUCUGUUGUCGGAAUAUUUAUUCGUCUAUUCAUCUAUAUAUAUAUACAUAAGGCAAAUGCAAAAGGCAAAGGGCAAAACAAAACAAAGCUAACCACACCUCCUCACCUCCACACAGGCCGGCCUCCUCGAACCCCAAUACACAGCAAAAUCCGAAAAACCCACGCCCCCCAACUCCAGCAAACCGAUUUUAAAAGCAGAUGUUUAAGGAUCUGGGCAAAAUCAAUGCUAGCAAUUCGAUUUCUUUUGAUAGAGCUUAAGACUAUGAUUAGUAUAGGAUAAGGAUUAGAAUUCGAGUUAUGGAUGAAGGAGGCGUAUGGGGAGGAUAGAUAUAUUAUGAGCGAAGAAAUGUAUUGAGAGUGAUUGGAAGGACGCGAUACUUCUACAAUGUGACGAUACAGAUUUGGUACUGCGUUAGGGAUGAGGAAGAGUGUAGGCUGGCGAGGGUAGAGCAUAUUUUACAUACAUCAUCGUGGUACGGUAAAAUGGCUGGGAGAGACUCUGUUCUGAGGAGGGGACGGACAUCUAUAUUCAUAGAUGAUGGAUUGUGGAAAUUAUAUUUCAGUGAUGAUUUGACAUCACAGGAUGAACAUAAACUGGCGUCCAUUUGUAAAA